AUGGGCGAACGAGGUCACGGGCUGGAUCACUCGAGAGAUCCCUGCCCUUGGGUAGCGCUCUCAGACUUUGGAGGCGCUUUCUGCAUGGGAGUACGUUCUCCGAUCCCGAGGAUACUCAUCAUCAUCAGCACGUCCCACGCAUGCAUGCUGACCACAAUUCGCCGCACAGGCAAUCGGAGGAGCGGUAUGGCACGGCGUCAAGGGAUUCAGGAACUCACCCUACGGUGAGAGACGGAUAGGAGGUUAGAUGGAUUCUUAAAGCCGACCUCUUCUUGUCUUCCCCGGCUGACUCUCGCUCCGUGCAGCCCUUACAGCGAUCAAGGCUCGUGCUCCGGUCCUCGGUGGAAACUUUGGCGUCUGGGGCGGAAUGUUCUCCACUUUCGACUGCGCCGUCAAGGGCAUCCGCAAGAAGGAAGACCCCUGGAAUGCCAUCAUCGCAGGCUUCUUCACCGGAGGUGCCCUCGCCGUCCGCGGUGGCCCACGAGCGAUUCGGAACGGUGCCAUUGGGUGUGCGAUCCUCCUGGCUGUGAUAGAAGGAGUGGGAAUCGGGUUUCAGAGAAUGAUGGCAGAGAACACAAGGUUGGAGCUGCCUCCACCUCCGCCUUCAAAUUCGAGCGCCGGGAGCGAAGGCAAGCUGGCAGCCGCGGCUUGA